AUGCUGGAAAACAUGCUGCUCUCAAAGGACUGGCACCACAAUCUGUACCUGGGGGAGCCGGGCCACCUGAAGAAAUUUGCGGACCCUCGCAUCAACGAGUACUGGACGUACGAGAAGCUGCCGGAGAUCAGCUACGUGAAUGCCCUCGAGGCCAGCGAGGAGGGGGUGAUCUACCACCACCACGAGACGCUCUGGGUGCUGGCCAACAACUUCUGCGCGGACACAUACGAGGUUGCGUUCUACGCGGACACGUACAAGGAUCAGCUGGGGCUGCUGCCGGCCUACCAGUACGUCAACUACAAUGGGGACGGCUCCAUCUUUCAGGGGUACGCCUGGAGGUGA